GCAUUCUACCCUUGUUGGCCGCCCAAUGCCCACCAUAGCUCUCUCUCUUGCUUCCUCAAUAGCAAUAGCUCCAGGCUCAACCCCGUCACGCUUUACUGGACCUUUCACACUUCUGAACAGGCCGGUUCUUAUCCCUCCCUUACCGACGAAUGUUUGAACACACCAGAAACCAUCCAGGGUCAUGAUCCCGCGUUCUGUCCAACAACAUGUAACGCGCCUUAUGAGCCAGCUGCCUCGGCGCAGCUAUAGUUCCACAGCAUCACCGCCGCCCUCCCAACCAUCCCGACAACCGGUCUCAUCGUCGUCGUCGUCGUCGUCGUUGUCGUCGUCCUCCUCGUCGUCCUCGUCCUCCCCCUCACGCAAGAGAAGGCCCGCAGACUCGCAACCCGAAAAGAUCGAUCCAAUCAUCCGAAAACGCCUCGACGAAAUACGAGUCGAGACACCAGAAGACAUCCAGACCGCCUGGAGGUCGCUCCCCAAGUCUCUCAACCCCAAGAACGAGCUGCGCGUCCGGUACCUGCCGGACCGCCACUUCGUCAAGGUGUUCGACAAGGCCAUCCUCACGCCCGCGAUCCGGCCGCGCAGCAUCCAGCGGCUGGCCUACUACCGCGACCGCAAGGCGUCGAGGGCGCUCUGGCUGGAAAUCAUUGCGCACCAAUCCAACGGCGCCGCCGUGGUCGUCGGGAAGGCGAAACGGAUGUGUCGGGUGGCCAUGGUGCGCGCGUUGCGGGCCCGCGGCAUCCAUAAGCAUGGGUGGCAGCUCGCGGCGCGCGAUGCGUAUUUUGCUGCCCAGGCGCGGGCUUUGUGGGAAGGGAAAGGGGGACAAGGUGCUGGUGCUGGUGCUGGUGCUGGUACGGGAACGGGAACGGACGAGGAUCGGUCGAAACCGUACCGGAUUCCUGCCCUCCGGGGCACCGUAUGGGUGAACAUUAUACAGCCGCGGAACUUUGUUGCGCUCGGCAUGGACCGGGUUCAGGAGAUUGCACACGGUAUCGUGGAUCUACUCGUCAAGGCAAAGGCGAAUUCAGGUUAUAAGAAGAACAGGAACAGGACAAGUCCGCAGCAGCAGGAGAAGGUUGUGGACUCCAACGGGAAGGGAAAGAAGGGGCACACAGACACUCUGGAUCGUGAACUACAGACCGAGGCUAUAGAUGAAUGAGUAUGAGGUGAAAGCAAGCACCCUAUGUAGUGUGUGACUUUUGCCUUUAUCCCCAGAGAU